AAAAAGGAAAUGGAACAACAGCUCCCCAAACCAGAAUGCAAAAACAUGGAUGCGUGCCUGAGACGACUGAAGCAAGAGCUGCUGUCUAUGAAAGAAGCCGGGGAUGGCCUCCAUGCUCAGAUGAAUUCAAUGAUGGGAGCCCUCCAGGAACUCAAGCUUCUUCAGGUUCAGACAGCACUAGAAAACCUCGACAUUUCAGGUCGACCCAUUAACCGAGGGAUCCCACAUCCUGCUCCGCCAGCUCCUCCUGACGCAUCAGCUGCAGCAGCUUCAGCUUCAGAAAAGGAUCACAGGUCCUGCUUUAGCCAAACUCUGCCAGAGGAGCCCAGCCCAAGUCCAAUGCCAAGUCCAAGGCCAUCUUUGGAGAGCAGAAACACCUUCAGUCGAGAUGACAACAGCCCAUCUCGAAACAGAAGCAGCCUGAGAACCUCGUCUUCCUCAGUGUCCAGUCUGGAGAAUGAAAGCCACAGAAGCUCAAUGACAGCAAGAAGUGAGAACGACCUUGACUCAAUACCCAGGAGGUGGUCAGGAUACACUGCCCCCCAAGUGGACUUCUAUGGACCAAUGGUGGGAAACCCUCCACCGGAACCCUACCCUCACCCAAAGGCUCCCCAUUGUUCUCAGGUGGUGGACCUGCCUGGCAUCCUGUACAGCCUGUCCAGAGAGGGCCCUUCACUGGACAGCGACUACUCCCAGGACAGCACAGAUGACGCCAGCGACUGGACCUCUUCGCUCAUGAGCCGCAGCCGCAACCGUCAGCCCUUAGUGCUGGGCGACAAUGUCUUUGCCGACCUGGUGGGUAACUGGCUGGACCUGCCUGAGGUGGAGAGGGAGGAGGUGGAGGAAGAGGAGAGGAGGAAGAGGAGAGAGGAGAGGACAGUGGAUGGAGGAGCAGACAGACUGGACACCCCAGCUCACCCUCUCCGCCUCAGCCGCUCGCAGGAGAUCUGCAGGAAGUUCUCACUGACCACAAAUAUCUUCAAGAAGUUCCUGCGCAGCGUCCGGCCCGACAGGGACAAGCUGCUCAAGGAGAGGCCCGGCUGGAUGGCUCCUGAGCUGCCAGAGGGAGACCUCUUUAAAAGGCCGAAGAAAUUGGUUCCUAAAAGUUCAAAAGGCAGCUUCUACCUGCCAUUCUGGACAAAUGGACAGCAGGGUAAAGGCAGGCCGUGUCCACAUCUAUCUGAGGCCGAAAGGAACCACCAACACCAUCAACACAGCUUCCCCCAGUUCCACCAGCAGCCAUUUGCAGGGAUUUAUUUAGACAGGAGACAGCCAGAGACUGGUUCAGAGAAAAUGCAGCCCUUGUUUGACUACAACACAGCUGUGUGGGUCUGACAGUGAGUCUCAGGCCAACAAACUGCCAAUGAUGCCAGACUGAGUGAGUGACAGGUGUUGGGGGAUUUUGGCUGAGCUGGAGUGGAAUGAAUGAAUGAACUACUGAGAGGCUUGGAUACAGUUGUCUUCCAGAAAUGAACCGUUGAACUUCCCACCCACGACAUGAUUCUCCUAUGACAGAGAUUAUCAGAACAACAUUUUGUCUGACAAUCCUAAAACCUAAAGCUUGUUUGCUGUGUGUGUCUGGGUGAGUGAGUGUUUGCUAAAGUGUGUUUAAGAGAGAGACUUUUUUUGAGGAUUCAUGCUGCAAGUUUUGUAUUAUUCAAUUUUCUUCAUGUGCGUUAAUGCAUGUAUGACUGAGUUGUCUGGUUGUCUUAAAAGACGGUACUUAGAAAAGGACAUCUUCCUCAGAAUGUCACCAUUAUUACAGUUCUUUAUAUAAACAUUCACAGACUUUUUCCACUUAUAUGCUACAGGACAUACUCUCAUAUCUCACUUCUUUGCAUCUAUGAAUAGAAACACAAAGUGUUGGAUUGCAUGGUUACUGUUUUUAUAAGCGAUGCUUCAAACAGCUGUUACUGAACGCACUGCCACUAAACACAGUCAUAAGCUCCUUUUUGUUUCCACCGGGCCUUGAUACCCUGGAAACUCAGGUUUAACUGAACCUGUCGGUCUCAUUCACCUUGCUCAGGGAAUGAAUGCAACACAUGAGGAAACAGACACCGCCCACAUUUAAAUGGGAUUUAUAUACAGUUUAGAGAAGUCUUGCCUCAUCCCAUCUUGCCUAGAAAGACAUAACAGCAAUACAGUGCAUGACUAGUCCAAAGAUUGCACAUUAAACUUUGAGAUUUGUCCCUCGUGAUCAGCGAUGUUUUGCUUGCUGUCAUCUUAGAAAACACUCGGUUUUCUCUCCGCCAUGUAGACACGGCACAUGUUGAGUCAACUGUCAGUCCUCCUGGGUUGUAACGAAGAGGGAGGUGGGGGUGAAGAUGGCACAGCCAACCACGAUUGCUGACUGCCAGCCAUCUGGUACCCGGACGUUAUGUAAAGCUUGUUCAGGCUCAAAGAAAAUGCAAAACGGCUCUGUUAAUCCCAACGCUUUGUAGAUGUACUGAAUUAUGACGAUUUUUUUACGCACUGGAUAUACAAAAGGUGAAUACAUUACAGGGCUGUAACAGUGAUGAUACAGUUGAGAGUGCAGGUCAAGACCCAUAUCUCUAUCAGACAGGAUCAAGGUAACAGAAUAAAUGUACAGAGCAUUGUACAUAUUUGUCAUCAGGCAAUUUACAGCAAUAAGAGACAUUUUCUGUAAUAUCCGCAUGAUUUUCAUUAUUCUGCACAGAUAAAUAUGUCACAGUAACAUUACAGUUCUUACCAAUACAUGUAAACAAAGCCACCACAUUUGUACUUGAAAACCACAAACUGAUGAGUUAAUAUUUAACCUACAGUAUCUAUUCUUUUGUAUCAUAAUAAACCGUUUCAGUGUCUUUCAUUUCAAGCAGCAUGAUAGCAGUUAAAAACAAACUACGGCUUCCCUCACAAAUUCAUACAAAUAGCAGGAUUCCCUCAGGAUUAUAGAUUACACUGCCCGCUCUAACUCAAAACACUUGUUUGCGUUUAUAGAGGACCACUGUUAUGCAAGGACAAUCUGAUACUCUAACUUAUUGUUACAAAAAAAAAAAA